CUUCCCAUUUCGAUAGUCCAAAAAGGGUGCUGUGACGAGGCCCUAAAUUGCACAGUGGGCCCCCGACCCCGUCCCCUAUGGAGCCCGACAGCACACUUUGAGAAGCGCUGCAGGAACCUGUUGCUUUUGUUUCUAAUUGAUGCAUUUUAAAUUGUGGAGAGGAAAAGAAAAACUCCACAGGGCAACUGGGUUGGGGCGCACACAAACAUUUUUGUCCCCCAAACCUCUCACGUCAAGUCACGCAGCUGGACCAAUGAGUAUCCGUGGCGACAAGCUAUGAAACGAGGAAUCUAUGGUUUACCCCUAAAUAUUUUGAGCAAAUUUCACAAGUGUUUAUCAAAUUUUUGCAGCAAAUAGUAGCCAAAAAGGAUGUCUCUCUCAAAAAGUUUGAGAUUUUGAGUCUACCAUACAACUUUUUCCUCCAUUUCAACUGUUACUUGCUUCCACCACCCGAAAGUACAAUGCCGUCUACAGUUUACGAACAAAUUAUUUAGGAAACUUGGAAGUAAGGCCGCCAUUUAGAUCAAACGCAACACAAGACAGAAGUGGAAAACAAUACCGUACUUCUCAAAAAUGUCCACGAGGCGGAAGCAACAUCUGACAAGUGACCUUAAACCGUAACGUCAUUUCCUUCCAUGGCGUAGCAGGAAGUUAAUGCGGGCCCCGAGCGUUGAUGCCCAACGUGUGUCGUGCUCUGCCGGUCGCCCAGGCGGGCGUACCGCUUUCAACUCAGCAUGUCAACGAAGUACCCCACCCCAGUGUACGCUCACGCAGGACGGGGCGACUUCUGCGAUGUUUACGAGCCGGCGGAGGAUUCUUUCCUGCUGAUGGACGCGCUGGAAAGGGACGUUGACGAGCUCCGGGGGAUGCGGCCGCACGUGUGUGUAGAGGUCGGCAGCGGCUCCGGAGCAGUGUCUGCAUUCUUGGUAUCCCUCCUCGGACCGGCGGCGAUCUAUUUUUGCACGGACCUGAAUCGGGCAGCGGCGCUGUGCACCUCCAAGACUGCAUCCAGCAACAAUGUGUCACUCGAGCCUGUCAUCACCGACUUGGUGCAAUGUUUCCUGCCGCGGUUGAGCGGACAAGUGGACGUGCUCCUGUUCAACCCUCCCUAUGUGGUCACCCUGUCCAGUGAGGUGGGAAGCAUGGGCAUAGAAGCUGCCUGGGCCGGCGGCAGGCGGGGCCGUGAGGUCACCGACAGAUUUUUACCGCUCGUGUGCAAGUUGCUGUCGACUCGAGGGCUGUUCUACUUGGUUGCGAUAGCAGAGAAUGAUCCGGCUGUAAUUGUCCAGUUGUAUUAAUAGCAAGACUGAAACAGACAACCAUGAACGCCAAUGAGGAGAUUAUCCAAUCACUAAGUGGAUGCGGGCUGGAGGGAAAGCCAUGCUUGCUGGCAAGAGCCGGAAACGAGAGGCUGAGCGUCCUGCGCUUCCACCGCCGCCAACCUAUGUGAACGGGCCGGGUCGCUACGGCUGUCGCGUCCCUUCGGCGUCUUCAUCACUCACUCGGGAAAAUCCGUGGCCAAACAUUUGCGGACAUACAAGUUCAGUGAGUUCAAUUUUUUUUCCUACCAUCGAAUAUGCAAGAUUGAUUGAAAAGCUCGGAGUUGUAGUGAUCAGUUACUGCAUUGAUUGGCUGUUCGCAACGGUUUCUUAAAGUAGACGUGCAGCCUUUGAAUGGACUUUAGUGGAAGUAAUUAGUAGUCCAAUCAUUAUGAAACACUUGGCACCCACUGUUGACUUGUUUUUUUUCCAGCCCAGUCAUGGAUGAAUGAUUCAUAGCAGAACAAUAGUUGGGUAAAAAUAGAACAGCCUAAGGUCAAGUCAAUUUCUCACGGUCCCUACUGCACCACCUGGAGGAAAUGCUGGACAUUACACCACAACCUGAGGGAAACACUGGGGAUUACAGGACAAGUUCCAAUGAAUGUCAUCAUGAUUUUGAUAUUUGGGGGAUUCUGUACUAAUCUUUGCCAGGCCAAUUGUGGCCCGCGGGCCGUAGUUUGGCCACCUCUGCCAUGUUGACUCUAGAAUGGACUUCAUAAAAAAAGUGUUGGUUCAAUUUCAACACACCAUGGUUUUGUCAUCCAAGUGUUUAGAAAUUGCCCCUCCGACAGUUACUUCUGUAUGACCCACGUUCGUAUCCAUUUUGUCCAUAUUUGGCUAAAGCUGCCUCCUUUUCUCUCAUUUGUUACUUCAGUGUAGCGGACCGACACGUGUUUGUUUCGUCGACAGCACCGGAGCUCUUUGCGAGUGAUGUCAAUAAACUUGGGAAGUUCCAAUGAGCGGAUUUCAAGCCUCUCAGCAGAAAAACAUUGAAAAUGCGUGAAACGAUUUGAAUUCGUAUUUCACGUUUACUGAGGCACCACAGAGACAACACUCCAUCCCAAAUACUAGAAAAAAAAAUGGAUUUGCAAAAUACAGGACCUGAAUACAACAAAAGUGGAGCAGUAGCUUUGAAAAUAAAUGUAGUUGGAAAAUGUCAUUAUCAAAACGUUUCAUAAAUUAAAAGUGUUUAACAGUACAAAAAGUAAAUUGCGUUACAAAGUGAAUUGCUUCAUCGUGUGCUCAAUAAAUCCUAAUGUUAGCCAA